AUGGCUAGCUCGAUAGGUAAAGCAUUUGCUGCGGACCCCAAGAUUGAAAAAGACGAUCUAAUGGACUACAUGCACUGGGUUAAACAAGUCCUUGGCCUGAUUUUCGGAAUUAUUGCUGGAAGUAUGAAAUUUACAGGUUUCCCAGUAAUUAUUAUAUUUGCAAUUGCUCUCAGCGCUGUAUCCCUGUUCUAUGCUUGGAAAAUCAUCCAAACCGAAGAAAUUGAAGCCUGGGACAUCGUUUCUGAAGCAUUUGGACCAGCAUUUUUCAGCUUUGUCCUUGCAUGGAUAUUAUCAUACACAUUCCUAUAA